CUUUUGGACCUUUUGUUUAUAUACGCUUUUUUACUAGUCAGUGUCUUAUGUGUAGAUGAGCCAGUGUUGAUUGGAGAGACCGGAAAAUGGCGCCGAAAUCAGAAAAUCCGGCCUCCACUCCCGCAGCCGGCACCGCCGCCGCGGACUUCUCGAUUGAUCCAAUUCUCCAUAUACUCAGGAUCUUUCCAUACUCCUUCCUUCGGUUACCUCGUCUGCGUCUGAAGCUGCCGACGGUGACUCUCCCCUCUGCCAUGACCGUCUACAGCCUUAUCCUCCUCACCUAUUUCAUGGUGGUGUCGGGGAUCGUGUACGACGUCAUCGUGGAGCCGCCCGGGAUCGGAUCCACACAGGACAGAUUAACUGGAUCCGUUCGACCCGUGGUGUUCAUGACGGGCCGGGUCAACGGGCAAUACAUCAUCGAAGGGCUGUCGUCUGGUUUCAUGUUCGUCCUUGGCGGAAUGGGGGUCGUGCUUCUGGAUCUUGCCCUGGAUCUCAAACGGGACAAAAGUAUAAGGAUUUCAUUUGCAUCCGCCGGAAUCGCAUCUGUGGUCAUCGCCUACGUCAUGAGUAUGCUUUUCGUUCGCAUUAAGAUCCCAUCUUAUCUUCGCUGACCCUUGCUGCUGCUUUUGCUUGUUCUUCUCUUUGAUUUAUAUGGUUCCUGUUUAAUUUAACAACGCAGUGUUUUUGUUUGGUAUGGCACAAUUGAAAAGUGUUUGUGGAAGGAACCAAAUACCGAGUAGAAUGGUUGGUUUGAUGCAUUUUUCUAUUUCUAAAGAUUGAGAAUCAGGUCACCGUCAUCAUUCCAAUAUAUACUCAUUUCCCUUAAAAUUCGUGAAUGCAUCUCCCGUUUUUAUUCAUUCAUUUGAACAGCAAUGAUAUUGUUUGCAUAGAAAAAUUAGAUGAAGGGUCAAAGGUAAAGUUUGCCUUAAUUUCA